CAUUUUACUUAACUUUGACUAUCUACUUUUGAUAACAGAAUUAAUUGAACUUAAUAUAUGCAGCCUCUGAAAUAAUGUGGUUAGUUUCUAAUUAUCACAAAUUGCAUAUGCAUUAGAAAGAUAUAUAGCAUUUGACAAUUACUAAUUAAUUAUUAACGUAUUCAUGGUCAAUACCAACGGCAAGAUGUUGGACUAAUCUUGUUAGAAACCUAGGUUUAUAUUUAUUUUAAUAUAUUUGCCAAAUGCAUUCUAUAAAUUGUACACAACUUAACCUCGUGUACAACCUAUUUUUUUUGUUUUUUCUGUGAACUCCGGGGUCAGUUGGGUUCACUAGGGUUGACCUCGAACUGCCUAGUGUCACUGUUACAGGACGCUCUCCUAGGACACACGAUUUUGAUGUUUGUCAGGCCGUUGAGUUAUAAGUUGGUUAAGUUUAGGGUUUGGGUCGUUAGGGUAGCCUGUGUCCUUUUAGAUAUUGGUAAAUUUAGAUAGGUUAGCUACGGGUUCUGUUUCCUCACGUUGUCAUGAAUUAUUGAGUAACUCAUGAGAUUCAUUCGCCAUCCAAGCAAUCAUCUACUCUUGUCCCGAAGUCAGAGUCACAAAAAACAUCGCGUCACGACGGUCCUAGAACUGCAGCCGCCCUGUUGCAGUAACGUUGCGUGGCUCGAGCAACAACCGAUUGACAUUCGCACUUGAGUCGGGUUUUGGCCAGCAACCUGCGCCCUUGAGCGCAUAUAAACCGCUUUAAAGUCCGGACUCAGUGGACCGCGCUUACCUUGCAGGUUGAAACUUAAGUUAUAUUAGUUAUAAACGUCUAAACUGACGGGAGGAGUAUGUUCUUCCGGAGAGGGAGGGUUUGAAGAACGCAAAAAUGGAUAUGGAGAACUUUGGAUCUGCGUUAGAUAAGAAGGCGUCGGAGAUGACGGUGGUGGACGUGUACGAUAUCGCAGCUGUCGUGGGUCAGGAGUUCGAGUGGAUGAUCGACCGCUACGGAUGUGAGGCUCUGCUGCGGCUAAUGCCUAAAGUGGUCCGGGUCCUGGAGCUGCUGGAGGUACUGGUGUCCCGCAGCGCUGUCAGCCCGGAGGCGGAGGAGCUGCGGCAGGAGCGGGACAGGCUGAGGCGGGAGAGGGACGACCGGCAGGACCAGGAGAGGAGGCGCCAGCAGGAGCUUGAGUUGGUGGAGGACGCGUGGAGAGGUGAGAUCCAGGAGAUGCGCACUCAGAUCUCUCACCUGCAGUCGGAGAACCACCGGCUUCGGACCAGCUUGUCAAUCAAAGACAAGCCAAGCGCUGAGCAAGAGCCAAACGAAGAGGGGAAAACAGAGAGGGAGCAGCAGUGGACCAAUAAGAUGACAGAUAUUGUGAACAAACAGAGACACGAACUCUGUGCUAAAGACCACAAGCUGUCUAAGAGGAACGAAGAGGUGGAGGCGCUCCAGGCCCAGCAGCUGAGGCUGAUGCGGAUGAACCAGGACCUGCGCCGCAGGCUGGCCGCGUUGGAGGGCCAGGGCAAGGCAGGCGUGCAGCAGAGGGUCGAGCUGGAGGCGCUGGCCCAGGCCAGGCUGCAGGAGCUGAGCUUGCAGCAGCAGGAGCUGCGCGCGCUGCAGCAGCAGCUGUCCGGUCUGGAGGCUGAGCGCCGCGGCAUAGGGGGGCCAGAAAGGAGGGCGAGGGCGGAGCAGGCGGUGUCUGGGGGGGGUGAGGUCUCCCACGGUUCAGGGGAUGAGUCAGACACACGCUUCACGCUGCAGGAGCUGCGGGACGUCCUGCUGGAGAGGAACGAGCUGAAGGCUCAGGUCUUCGUGCUGGAGGAGGAGCUAGCAUACUACAAGAGUGAGGAGUCUGAGGAUGAGGGGAUGUUAUUCGCUGAUCCAGAACCAGAUCCACCAUGUUCUGCCCCGGCGGCUCAACCAGACUCGGGGAUCAGGCGCCUGAUUUUCACGGCCAUCAUGCCGAUGGUGGCGGCCGGUUUGAUCCAGGACGACCCGACCUUGCUGCCCAUCAGGAGGCUGUGGUCCCUCGUAUGACCCAUCAAUACCUUCCAAACCAUCUCUUUUAAAUGUCAACCUCCUGUGGAAACAUCUCUCUACGCCAGGGGUUCUCAAAGUUUUGACAACUGAGGGCCAAUUUAGGAAUCCAAAAUUUGACUGAGGGCCGCCAAAGGAAAAAAGAAAAUGGCGGGAAACGCCACAGCAUCCCAGUGGUCAAAAAAAACCUUGCACCGUGGACCUCCGGGAGUGAGGUCAAGUGAGGUCUAAAUCACGAAACUGAGGUUCAGCCUUUCAAAGUAAUGUACAGUCGGAUUAAAACUUACAAAUGUAAAAGGAUUUAAUUGAAAGCUAGAGAGAGUCGACUUUUCCCUUUAUAUUAAUUUAUUUUUGUUUAAAUUAAUAUUGAUAUAAUAAUAAAAAAAAAAAAUAUUUCUUAUAUAAAACAUACAUAAUUAUGUAUGUCAUUGCGGGCCGCCAGGAAUGAUUCCGCGGGCCGUCAUUGGCCCGCGGGCCGCACUUUGAGAACCAAUGCUCUACGGCUACGCCAACCGCAUAGUGUUAAUAUGGUGGCAGCAAGGGCCAUCAGAUGGAAAAUGAACUGAUGUAUUUGCACUAAGAAAUAUAUUUUAAGUUAGUGUAAGAUAUUAUGGGUUAAGAAUAUAACGGUUUCCCCACCCUGCACUCCUGCUCAACUCUGCCCUGCUGGAAUGUUCUUAAGAACACUAGCUGGCUGGAGGUUUGUGGCAAAGGGAACACAGCUCAUGACAACCAACCAACUGUUGACGUUAGGUGGAAGAAAUACCUGAAAUAAUCGGUCAAACUUAGGUCAUUGGUAAGGUAACCUUUUUAAAUGUUUAGAAAAUGUCUUAGGAUUCAAAUUAUGUUUUAUGUAAGGGUGGGUGAUAAAUUAACAGAGUACUUUUGUUUGGGUGGAUAUGUCAUCAUUGAGUUGAACAAAAAUAUUUUAAAUAUAGCCCUAUAGUAUUCAGAAUUUGAGAUAGCCUAUCGGAAUGGCUUUGGUCUAAUCCACAAAAUAUAUAUAAAUAUGACUUGUUGACCUAUUGAUGUUAUGCAUUUAUCAUCUGUAUCCUUGUGAAUAUGUACAUUUAUAAAUUAUGCAUUAAAUAUAUACUAUUUUUGUAUGUGGCAGGGGUUCACAGAACUCUUUAAGGAUCCUUUCCUUUCCUAUCCUUUCCUAUGCUGCCAUCUCAAAUGAAAGCCUAUUCUACUGACAUCGGACCAAUAGGCAGAGUGUGGUGAAAUCUAAUGAUAUAAUAUUCUGUGGUUGGAGAAGAGAUAAACCAUGACUGUAUCCACAAUUAUUAAUAAUUUCACGUGUAGAACAAAUUGAGAAAAUCUUAAUCGUCUAGAAAAAUGUGUUUAAAGUGUGUUUGUUUUGUGUUUGUUUUAGCCAGUGAGCCCACUGCCUCAUUUAAUUGAACACUGUGAUUUAUAGAGUCAGUGAGCCACUGCUUCAGAUUAAUUUAACACUGAUUUAAGAAAAAGUGUUAUAGGAAGGUGGGGGGCAUGUUAACGCCAUGUUUACGACCCAAGCCAACUUUAUGAUACCUUUUUAGUAGCGUCCUUCUAACUGUUAUGAGCGUUAUAAUAAGCGAUGUUGUGUAUGAAAUGAGUCCGACAAAGCGUUAUAUUAUUGGUGUCCAUGAAGCAAUUGGUGUCCAGGACAAAUUACCCACGUUUAAAACGAAUAA